AGGCAUGGAUAACUAACCAUGCUCACUCCACCUGUUAGUGCGCCAAGAGUAGAUAACUCUUUAUUUACAGAGGGCGCAGAAUGUAAUAUGGUAGCCUCCAUUGACUUCACAUGGAGCAGAUAGUUGAACAAGAUUUGCCAAAGGUGCUGAAUAUCUUCAAAGAUGUCAAAAACAAAACAUCAGAUGCUAUUGGUCAGGUGACAUCACUGAUAUCAAAAAUAGAAAAUGGUGAACAUCCAACAGCAAAGGGUAUCAGCUUUUUAGAGGUUAAAUUUGAAAUGUUAUUGAGUUAUCUGAUCAACUUGGUUUAUACUAUGCUACGAAAGUCAAGUGGUUUAUCAAUAGCAGAUGAUCCAGCUAUUGAACGAUUAGUUGAAAUAAGAACAGUUUUAGAAAGAAUGAGACCCAUUGAUCAAACCCUGAAGUACCAAAUAGACAAGCUUAUCAAGACUGCACAAACUGGAACUCAAGAUGCUAGUGAUCCAUUACGUUUCCGAGCCAAUCCAGCAAAUUUAGCUGCUGAGGCAGAUAAUGAUGAUGAAGAAGAUGAAGAUGGUGAACCAAAGAAAUAUGUGGCUCCUAAAGUUGCUCCUGUAGCUUAUACUGGUGAUUUAACAGCAGCAGAACAAGAAGAGUUGAUAAAACAGAGAGCUGUUAAACGAGUAUUAAGCAGUCGUAUGUUAAAAGAGUUGAGACACCAGUAUGAUGAUUCACCUGAAGAAAUUAGGGAAGCUUAUGAUGUUCACAGAUUACGAGAAAAUAAAACAGAAAGAGACAGAACAGAAUAUGAAGAAGAGAGAUUUAUUCGUUUACCAAGCAGUAAAAAACAAAGGGCAUCAGAGGGAAAUAACCUAGCAACACUGACAUCAUUAAGUAAAUUAACAGAAUUUGGUGACAUGUCUGCGUUGACAGCAGAUGAUGGUUUAUUUAAAAGUAGAGGAGGCAAGAAAAGUAAGAUGUCAACAGCUAAUAAAAAGCAAAAGUCCAAAUCGAAAGGAAAGAAAAAGCUUAAAGGUUCCAAAUUUAAAAGGCGAAAAUAAGAAGAUCUUAAUAAAAAAAUUGUUGUAUUUGUAAAA